AUGUUCACCGACAACUUGCCGCUUACAAUUGACCAGACAAGUAGCCUUUCUGAUGAUAAUGACUUUUCCAUAUCAAAUGAUUCUUCAUCGCCGUUUUCCAACACCACUGCACCCUCGAGCUCAAAUUCUACUGAACCUGAAAUCUCAAACCUCACAGAAUCAUUGGAUGAUCUCGACUUCGUCAACGAGGAUUUAACCAUUGCUAAUCGACUGUUUGAUAACAUUUUUGAUAGUUAUCUCCUAGGAGUCAUUUUACAAAACUACAGGAUGGCAAAAACUAGUUGCAUUAAAAUUCUAGAAGAAAAUAUCACUCAAAAUACUUCUGAAGCAUCAGAAACUUCAAUAAAAACGUAUGUUUCUGGACUAUCAUCAACAACCGCAGCUGUUUUCUUACUUAAUUUUUUUCCUAGCGAAACUUCUCAGCAAUCUAAACCAAAUAGGACAAACAAAAAACGUGAUAUUUCAAACGUCGAUAUAUUAGGAAACUCCUUAGCAUCCAUUCGGAAGAUUGAAUGCGUCUGUCCAUCUUGUAAGCGCAGUUUAGCCGCCUCCCGGCUAGCACCACAUUUGGAGAAAUGUAUGGGCAUGGGUCGAAAUGCAUCUCGGGUGGCAUCCAAGAGAAUAGCGCUAUUUACUAAAACUCUAAAUGGUGAUUAA